UAUAUUAUGUUCACUUGUCUCUCUCUAUAAACAUCUCUUAUAUAUCGUUCAUUUCUCAGAAAUUUACUUGCAUUUCUUUGAUCAUCAUCUAAUUAUUUUCAAUACAAUCAAGAUUUCAACCUUCAUUUAAUUUCUUGAGAUGACCAAGAAAGUUGUUCUGAAAUUAGAUAUUCAUGACAUCAAAGACAAACAGAAGGCCAUGAAGGCAGUUUCCAGCCUCACAGGUCUAGAGUCCCUUGCGAUGGACAUGAACGAGAAGAAACUAACGGUGAUUGGAAAUGUUGAUCCAGUUGAUGUAGUGAGCAAAUUGAGAAAAUCGUGGCACGCGGAAAUACUCACGGUCGGGCCCGCGAAAGAGCCCGAAAAGACAAAGGAAGACGAGAAAAAAGCCGGAGAAGAUAAAAAGAAAGCUGAAGAAGAUAAAAAGAAAACUGAAGAAGAAAAAAAGAAAGAGAGUGAAAAACAAAUUGCUGAGCUCCUCAAAUUGUACCAAAGUUACAACCCUCAAUGCACACAGUACUACCCUGUCUACAGCUCUGAGGAAGAUCCUAAUUCUUGUGUUAUUUCUUGAUUUAAUAUUUUAGGGUUUUAUUGCAAUUAGUACCCCUCUGUCAUAUUGAAUUACUAAAAAAAUUACCCCUUGUUAUUUUACUGGUGAAAAUCCCCUUAUGGUUCAAUUUUUUUUAGCAUACAACCCCGUUGAAUAGGGAUUACUGAUUGCUAAAACAAAUUAAAUAAUAGGGUGGUUUUCGUCUAUGAAAUAACGUAGAGUAGUUUUUUAGUAAUUCAGUGUAAUACAGGGGUACUAAUUGCAACAAACUCUAAUAUUUUUUAUUUAUGUAAAUAGAACAAAUAGGAUUGGUCGUAACCACCGAAAGAGUAAAAAAUCGGAACUAUUCGAGUGCGUUUAUUGUAAUAAUGGUCAUUUAUAAAGUUAAAAGUUGUGAUGGUUAUUUA